GUUGUGAAAACAGGAAGCAGCGCCGAUGAAUGCUCCGAGCCGUGGGCCUGCCCUCCCGUGGCAUCAGGAGGAGCUUGAGUCUGGCUGUCAGUCCGUCUUGCCUGUUUCCACAAGCCCCGCUUGCCUUAAAUACCGGAAAAAAAGCCGAAAGGAAUCCUUUGAGAAUGUCAAACGCCCUGGUUGUGUGUGAAGUGGACGAAAGUCUGAAAGCUAAACUGAAAAAGUUUAGAUUUCGAAAAGAGACGACCAAUGCUGCCAUAAUAAUGAAAAUCGACAUGGAGAAACAGCUUGUCAUCGUUGAUGAGGAAUAUGAGGACAUCUCAAUGGAUGAACUGAGAGAAGAACUCCCAGAGCGGCAACCCAGGUUCAUUGUCUACAGCUACAAAUAUGUCCAUUCCGAUAGAAGGGUGUCGUACCCUCUUUGUUUCAUAUUCUCUAGUCCAAUGGGAUGUAAGCCAGAGCAGCAGAUGAUGUAUGCAGGGAGCAAGACUGGACUGGUGCACGCUGCGGACCUCACGAAGGUCUUUGAAACAAGAAAUACGGACGACUUGACAGAAGAAUGGCUGAGGAACCAGUUGGGAUUUUUUGGCUGAAUAUACAGUACUAUCAGUCUGUUUCUUAUGGUGAAACAUGGCCAUUGAUAGUAAUUAUCAAUUGCUGUGCAUGAAUGACUUACUGUAUCAAAGAUUUGAUCUGUCAAUUUCCCAUUAAAAUCAUAGAAAUGAA